GGGUUGCAUUUGCUUUUACAAAUAGCUUUCUCAUAGUGAUCUUCCCUUUUCAAAUAAUCUCCUCAGACUACACUUUAAAUCUUCUUCUCUGAGAAACCCUACUACCAGCAAGCGACGUCUCGUUGUUUCUCACUCCAAAGUACGAGAAACACAUCAUAAUGGCGGCUACUGAUUCGGAGCGACCGCAAUUCAUUGCCAAAACAGGAAAUCGUAGCUCCACCAACACUCCUUUGAUAGAGACUAUCGAGAAUGAUCAGAUUGUUGUGCCUGAUAAGAAAAACUGGAGAAACUUGUUUGCAUAUAUGGGUCCUGGUUUUCUUGUUUCAAUAGCAUAUAUUGAUCCUGGAAACUUUGAAACUGAUCUUCAAUCAGGAGCCCAGUACAAGUAUGAGUUACUUUGGGUCAUACUGGUGGCUUCAUGUGCUGCGCUUAUUAUUCAAUCUCUAGCGGCUAACCUUGGAGUUGUCACAGGGCAUCAUUUGGCAGAACAUUGCAGAAAGGAAUACCCAAAAGUACCAAACUUCAUCUUAUGGGUUCUUGCUGAAAUUGCAGUAGUUGCUUGUGAUAUUCCUGAAGUUAUAGGAACAGCCUUUGCGUUGAAUAUGCUCUUCAACAUUCCAAUAUGGUGUGGUGUUCUUCUGACUGGAUUCAGUACAUUGAUUCUCCUUGCUCUGCAACAAUAUGGGGUGAGGAAGCUCGAGUUCUUCAUUGCCUUUUUGGUGAUGACAAUUGCUGCUUGCUUUUUUGUUGAGAUGGGCUAUGCAAAACCAAAGGCAUCAGAAGUAUUAAAAGGUCUGUUUGUUCCACAGCUAAAUGGAAAUGGUGCUACUGGUCUUGCAAUUUCGCUUCUUGGUGCAAUGGUUAUGCCGCACAAUCUCUUCCUGCACUCGGCCUUGGUACUUUCGAGGAAAAUACCUCGAUCUUCCGGUGGAAUCAAAGAGGCUUGUCGAUAUUAUAUGAUUGAAAGUGGAUUUGCUUUGUUGAUCGCCUUCCUGAUUAAUGUGUCUGUUAUCUCAGUAAGUGGCGCGGUCUGUAAUUCACCAAAUAUGAGCUCAGAUGAUCAUGAGAGCUGCAAAGAUUUGGAUUUGAAUAAAGCCUCCUUUUUGCUUAAAAAUGUAUUAGGUAAUUGGAGUUCAAAAAUUUUUGCCAUUGCUUUGUUAGCAUCGGGUCAAAGUUCUACCAUAACAGGGACUUAUGCCGGCCAAUAUGUUAUGCAGGGUUUUCUUGAGUUAAGGCUAACACCUUGGGUUCGAAACUUGUUAACCCGGUGCUUGGCCAUCGUUCCUAGUCUGGUCGUAGCAAUUAUUGGUGGUUCUGCUGGUGCUGGACGGUUGAUUAUCAUUGCCUCGAUGAUUCUAUCGUUUGAGCUCCCGUUUGCUCUAAUUCCUCUCCUUAAGUUUACAAGUAGCAAGACAAAGAUGGGGGAACAUGCCAACUCCCUUGCAAUUACAGCCACUACUUGGGUGAUUGGUUUCUUGAUUAUGGGAAUAAAUAUCUACUAUCUGAUAUCGAGCUUCAUUAAAAUACUUCUUCAUAAUGAACUAAAGCUAGUAGCUGCCGUCUUCUGUGGAAUAUUGGGAUGCUCGGGCGUGUUGAUCUAUUUAGCUGGAAUAGGUUACCUUGUAUUGAGGAAAAACAGGAAACCAACUCAUCUCCUAGCAAUGAGUGGACCUGAUGGAGGACAAACGGAGAACGAGUUGAAUUAUGCAUCGAUGUGCAGCCUUCCGAGAGAGGACAUCGUAAGCAUGCAAUUGCCAAAAAGGAGGGAUGUUUCGAACAUUGAAUGAAGAUGGAUUGAUGGUAUAACAUAACUCAACUUUUUCUUUUAUAUUGCUAAUAAGAGUGAAUGUAAGAUAAAAGAAAAUAAGCAAUUGAAGUCUUGAUUUGAUAAUUGAUAGGGUUCAAGAUGUUGCAUGGUCAUAACUCAUGUCCUUGGGCAGGGAAUUAAGCUCACUCUUGUUGAAAUGCAAAUAUUUAUUAGUUUAAG